AUGGGCCACCAAUCCUGCAGGAUGUCUCCAGCCUCCCUCUCCACCACAUCCUCAGCUUCUUCGCUCUCACCAUCGUCCAUGCAAAAGGGAACAAACGAAGUGUUUACGGCCGGAGCCCGCGUGCUGUACCAGCAGCUACCGCACGCGCCCUACCACCAGCUGCCACCUGCCCCUUCCAAUCGCAUUUACAAACACUACCAGCAACAAAAAGUGGUCUCUGUCCCGGCUAAUUGCGCAGUCGCCAAGAGGAGGGGUCCCUGUAAGUGCUCGCAGUGCGAUCCCAAUUUCUAUACGAUUCCGCUAAAUAUUUUGUUGAGUGGCGAGGUGGAGUACGUGUGCCGGGAUUGUCAAUUCUCGACCCCAUCGUACCGCACGGUUCAGCAGCAUGAGAGCACGAGUGGACAUCGUCGUUGGUACAACUACCCGCAGGAGACAGGUAACGCGGACAGAUGUAAUGGGGGCGACAAAGGGAUAUAG